AUGGUUCGGCAUCCCCUCGCUUCCUUCGUCUCGUCGAAUGUGUGUCUGGCACAGGAUCGGUUUUUGCGGCUCGAGACGCUGUCGCUCGAGCGCAACAACAUUCCUGGCUCGGGGGUCUUCCUCCUCCUCGCCGUCGCGCCGCGCUUACGGAACCUCAACCUGAGCCACAACAAGAUCACGGAAUUCCCCGAGAGCGCCCUGGAGCUUGGAGACAAGCAAGGAGGUGGGUUCUACCACCUCGCCUACCUCAAUCUCUCCCACAACAAGAUCAGUCGCGAAGACGACAUCAAGGCGCUCACGCAGCUGCGCGUCCUCUCGCAGCUCGUACUCUACGGCAACCCCCUUGCGCACGCGGCCGUCCAGACCCAAGACAAGACCAAACUCGUGUACAACCCGGUGCCGAGCAUGAGCGAGUGCGACGGGCGCGACAUCGAGCUCAACAUAGUCAUCGCGUACCCCGAGACAAAGCGCAAGAAACCGUCGUACAAGAACGUCAGUAUCGCGCGCGUCAAGCAGGACCUGCUUCCGACGGUGGCCGAGUUCAAAGCCAAAGGCAAGCGCGCGCUCUUCGCCGACCCUGCGCCGCAGCCCGAGUCCAUUUUCCCGCCUCGCCAACCGCGGCGGCAGCACAACGAAGAGACGCCCGAGGUUGUGGCCGAGCCAGACAUGACGUUCUUGACCGGCGUCGGUCUCGAGAGCAGCGGCCCACACUCGAUCCAGGCGCGCCGGCGCAAGGACCCCAGUGCGGUGCAGAACGACGUCCCGUCCUACUUUUUAGCGCGGUCGUUGGCCCCCAACUCGGAGUCGCAACAAACCAAGCUCAAGACGGCGAUGGCCAACUUGCGCUACCAGCUGACGCACCCGCUCACGUCGCACAACGACGAGCGGCUCAACGACGACGUCUCGGCCGUGCGCCCCACCGCCGUCCACAAGCUCCGGCAACGGAAAAAAUUUGGUCAAGCACCGCGGGGCCGCUUCGCACUGGCCUCGAUCGACCAGGCCAUCGACGACGUCAACGCGCGGCUGCACAACCGCGUGGACGUGCUUGAUGCUGGCGACACGUCGCUCAACCACCUCGUGCGGCAAGCCCACCGCAUGACGCGGAAGCAGCCGUGAGGGUGUCGCGUAUUUAACCCCAAGAGAAAGAAAUCGACACACAACGCAAUAGGGGUAGGUAGAUGGGGGAGUAGUUAAAGUAGUGAAAAG